AUGCCAAACUCUAUGAAUCCAAUUGCAUGCGAUGUGUCAACUCACGGAGCACGUCCCUGGGUUCUUCAAGGACAUGGACAAUGGCCAGUUGCUAUCCCUAUGGCCGAUAUUAAUGCAAGCACAGUAGCGGAAACAUUACUGGAGGGUUGGAUUGCACAUUACGACGUGCCGUCUGAAAUAAUGACCGACCAAAGUCGACAAUUCGAGACAAAAUUAUUCAAUGAACUCAAGAGGCUAAUUGGCACAAAACACCUUAGAACAAGUCCAUAUCAUCCACAAGCAAAUGGAAUUGUCGAACGUUUUCACCGCACAUUUAAAACAGCUUUAAAGUGCCGAUCCAAGCAAAAACCAGUACCUACGACAAAUCACUCUAUAUCAAAAACAUUUGUACAACCGUAUCUUAAAAAAUGUGAUCAUGUUUAUCUACGCGAUGACACUAUUCGACCACCUCUCAAAGCAUCUUACGAUGGAUCAUUUAAGGUAACCGAUCGCGACGAUAAGCUGAUGACCAUUAUACGGAAAGACAAACCAGUACGUGUAAGUAUAGAUCGGGUCAAAGUUGCCUAUCUCUGCGAUGACGAGCAAAAAUCAAAUCAACAUCAGACAGCACGACAUUCUUGUGCUCAUCGAAAAGCAGACGAAAAUAACCAGAAGCAUCAUACAAAAAGAAGUCAAACAUCGUCUUGCGGCAGCCGAAUUUGGUUGCCAGUUCGAUUUGCUGAGAAUGAAAACCUACAUUCACCUGAAAUAUUUGUUACGUCAUUGGAAAGUGUUACAAGUUCUGUUAUCGGCGCUCUAUAUGGUGUUGUUAAAGUUAAUGAUAAAGAUAUUGGUCGAAAUGGAGUCAUUAAAAUAAUGGAAAUUGUGAACGGCGAUCCAGAAAAUGUAUUUCAAAUUGUACCAACUUCUAACAAACAUGAAUUUUAUAUUAAAGUAAGCAAAUAUGCUACAUUACCAAAACCACCAUUUACAUAUAAUCUUACAAUUCGAGCAGAAGAUGAUGGAAUACUUUCUCGACAAACUUUCAAAAAUAUUUUAGUUCCAAUUUUUUCAGUUGAGGAAAAUUUGCCAGUAUUUACAAAAGAAAUUUAUGAAGUGUCAAUUCCAGAAACCUCUCCACCAUCAAUGCCAAUUAUACGAUUAAAAGUUAUGGAACCGUUUUAUCAAAAAAAUUAUGUAAUAUCUCUAACUAUAAUUGGUGGAAAUGAAGACAAUACUUUCAAAAUUAAUCCGGACUCUGGAAUGUUGUACACACAAAAAUGCUUAGAUGCUGAAAAAAGAUCUCUUUAUACGCUCAUUAUAUCCGCCAUAUAUCAGACAAAUUUAAGACCUACAAAGCAGUCUUCUGCAAAAGUAAAAAUUAAUGUAGAAGAUAUGAAUGACAACGAUCCUGUGUUUGAGCAUAUUAAUCGUACAAUAUUUAUUAGAGAAAAUGAACCAGCGGGAACAGCUGUAGUAAAACUUAUUGCGAGAGAUAGGGAUAGUGGGGAAAAUUCAUAUAUUUCCUACAGUAUAACUAAUUUUGAUGAUGUUCCAUUUGAAAUUGAUCAUUUCACUGGAAUAAUAAAAUUAACUAAAUUGAUUGAUUACGAAACAAUGCGUAGAGUUUAUAUUUUGAAUGUACGAGCCUCAGAUUGGGGCUUGCCUUAUCGUCGCCAAACAGAAGAAGAACUUGUAAUUACAGUAACAGAUAUAAAUGAUAAUAGACCACAAUUUGAAAAAAUUAACUGUACAGGAGUUAUACAACAAAAUACCCCUAUUGGCACUGCUAUAUUUACUAUAUCCGCUAUUGACUUUGAUUAUGGAGACUUAAUUACUUAUGGAAUUAUAUCUGGUAGUGAAGACUCAUGCUUUAAUGUUGAGCCUACUACUGGGGUAUUAUCUGUUGGGUGUGACUUAACAGAUGUUCAACUAAGAUAUCGUCAAAUAAUAGUAUCUGCAUCAGAUGGAGCCCAUGUUUCGAACGAAAUGAUACUAACUGUAACACUAACUAAAACCUUUUCAAUUAAUUAUUUUAACUAUUAUAGCAAUAUUGAAUGUAUAGAAACAGGUGUUGCUAACAGAUUAGCUGAAAUAAUAACAUAUGGUAAAAGAAGUAAUACUAAUUACAGUCACCAAACAUCUAAAUAUCUAUCAUUAUCACCAAGUAGAUAUGGCGAAAAUAUUCAUUCACCUGAAUUUGUUAAGUUUCCACAGAAAAUAUUAAUAAAUGAAAAUUUAGCAUUAGGUGAAGUUGUAAUAAAAAUUCAAGCAAACGAUAGAGAUUUGGGAUACAAUGGAAAACUAGUGUUUGCUAUUUUAGAUGGAGACUAUGAUUCUGUAUUUAGAAUAGAUCAAGAUACGGGUGAAAUUCAAAUUAUAGGAUAUUUAGAUCGAGAAAGGCAGGAUGAGUAUUUACUUAAUAUAACUGUAUUCGACAUGGGUUCGCCUAAAAAGUGUACUUCAAAAAUUCUUAUUGUUUCUAUAUUAGACAAUAAUGAUAACCAACCGAUGUUUCAAAAGUAUCAUAUUACAUUGCAGCUUUCGGAAACUAUCCUGAACGACUCUGAAGUUAUUUGUCUUAAUGCUUCUGAUACUGAUAUAGGAAAAAAUUCUAUCAUAAAAUAUUUUAUAGUACCCACAACUAAGGACUUCCAAAUUAAUGAAAAAACUGGAUGCGUAUACACGAAUAAUCCAUUAGAUAGAGAAAUACAAGAAAAAUAUGAGUUGCAUGUUAUUGCAAAAGAUGGAGGAAUACCAACAUUAUCUUCUGAAGCUUUAAUAAAAAUAUUUAUUCAAGAUGUAAAUGACAACUCCCCAAUUUUUGGAGUUCAGGAAUUGUUAUUUAAAGUUAGGGAAGACAUUCCGAAAGGAACUGUAAUUGGGUUAAUUGAAGCAAAUGAUUUUGAUGCUGGAUUAAAUGGAGAUAUAUAUUACUAUUUAAAACAUGAAAAUGUAAAUGAGAAAGACUUGUUUAGCAUCGAUAAAUUAACUGGUGUUAUACGAACUAUUAACUAUUUAGACUAUGAAUCUCGCCAAAUUCAUAACCUUGUAGUUAGCGCUACUGACCUAGGUUCACCACCAUUAACUACACAUAUCGCUGUUGUGGUAGAAGUUAUUGAUAUAAAUGAAAAUCGGUUUUCUCCAGAAUUUGAUGAUUUUGUUUUUAAUUUCAAUGCAAAAGAAGAUGCACCUAGAGGAACCAUAAUUGCUAAUAUUACUGCAAAGGACUUGGACACUAGUGAUUCUGAUUCAAAAAUCUCAUAUUCUAUUCGAGGUGGCAAUGGAAUAGGAGUUUUUGCUGUUAACGACCAAGGUUCUAUUUAUAUCGUAUCACAUUUGGAUGCUGAAACAAUAUAUAGCUAUUGGAUUACAUUAUGUGCUCAAGAUCAUGGAAUAGUUUCAUUAAGCAGUUGUGUACAGGUUUAUGUGUUUAUCGAAAAUGUGAAUGACAAUGUGCCAUUAACUGACAUGCCGGUGUAUUUUACAACGGUUUUAGAAAGAAGCCAACCAUAUACAAAAAUUAUACAAUUACAAGCUCUAGAUGCAGAUAAUGAUCCGUCCUCAGUAAUAACUUAUAAAAUUGUUUCUGGCAACUCUGAGAAAUUCUUCCUCAUAAAUGCGACAACAG